AUGACCGACCCUGCAGGUGAAAACGACGCCAGGCUGGCUGUCCCCAGGUUUUCAUCCUUCCGAGCCGAGAAGCCCGAGGUGCACGCCAGACCAAAGGCCAAGGAGCCCAGAUCCAGGCACGCCGACAAGGAUGCCCCAACAAAGUCGCCCGCCCGUCAUGCUCGCCACCGCGACUCGCGUCGUGACCACCAUGGUCUUGAUGGCUCUCAUUCCCGUCGACGCCAUAGACGUCGGUCGCCAAGUCGUCGCAAAUCACGCGACGCUCCGCAACCCCCCGAGGCUUCACCUGAGGGAACCUCAUCGCCAGUGUUUAUCGUAGACACCGAGGGCGAUCGCUUCAUCUCUCGAUAUGGGGGCGUUGAUCGUUCCCAGAUCCCUUCCUAUUACAGGCACGGUAGCGGCAGGGUCCUCGGCACCCAGGGCAGAUUGGUUCUUCAUCGAGAUGGGCCUAGAGAUCAGUUUAGCCUCCGAUAUCCUGGGGAGGGACCAAGUAUCCUCGGCAAAGGCGGUUUGCGGUCAGAGUCAGUCUAUCUUCGAGGUCAGCCCAUCAGGGUACGCCCUAGGAUAAAGCGCGAUGAUCUGGGUGCCGAGGACCAUGACAGCGGAUACUUGUCCGUGGGAGGGUCGAAAAGACGUAAACUUGGCCACGUGGACAGCGAGUCAUCGGCCGAUGAGGGACCGUCCUAUAGAUCAAUCGAGGGGAGAGCAAAAGCGGAAGCGUUCCAGGAUGAAUCGGAUGAGCAGACGUCAGAGGAUGGAGAAGCCGUGGACCUGAGCGAGGCUAACCCUCUCAAAUGGAAAACCAUCCAGUUAAAUGGGCGCGUCAAAGAGCACCCUGGGGAUAUCGAUGCGUGGUUAGAACUGGUCGAUCACCAGGACCUGUUGCAACGCGCUGAGGCCUCUCUUGACGAGCGAGCGGCUGCAAGCGUGGCACGCAGCUUCUCGGAAAUCAAAGUCUCCAUGCUGGAGUCCGCGCUCAGCAAUGCUUCCGCCGCUCAAGACAGAGCGAGGCUUUUGGUGCGCCUCAUGCGUGAGGGAGCAAAAGUCUGGUCAAGCAACAUGGCGGCCAGAAGAUGGUUAGAGUUGUCUGCGGAGGAAGCAGGCGACUUUGAGCUAUGGAGGGCGCACGUCGAUUUUGAAAUGUCCAGUGUCACCACCAUUCAGUUUGACCGCGUGAAAUCGAUGCUGGUGGAGCGGCUCAAGGGCGCAGCCCAUGUCUCUGGUCUGCAGCCGAAUGUUGACACUUCUGAAGCGAUUUACGUCUUCCUCCGGGCCAUGAGGUUUAUUCAUGACUCUGGGUAUAAGGAGCUUGCUGUAGCAGCGUGGCAGGCCUUGCUGGAAAUCAACUUUUUGCGACCCAUCUCCAGCCAAACUGAGGACAGGGACAACAUGGCUUCAUUCCGGGAUUUUUGGGAAAGCGAGUUGCCACGGCUGGGCGAUGCAGAUGCGCAGGGCUGGAGGCGAUAUGCGACGACCUCUGGGCCGACAGAGGCCCCCGAGCCGGUGGCACAAGAGCCACUGGAACAGAUAUCAACAGGAGACGUCUACAAGGCUUGGGGCCAUUCUGAACGUUGCCACUCCGAACGGGCCGGGCGUCCAGCAAGAACCAUGGAUGACGGUACCGAGGAUGAUCCGUUUCGGGUGGUCAUGUUUUCAGAUAUCGAGCCGUGGCUGUUUGCUAUUCCCGAGUCGGAAGUGAAAGGUGAGGUUGGGGGGGAACUGAUCGAUGCCUUCCUGGUGUUCUGCGGAUUACCUCCGGCUUUUCGGGCCAGCAAAUGGACAGAGCUGGCAGUCAGCGAUCAGUUUACUUUUCGAUCCGCACCAGUCGGCACAGGAGUUCGCAAUGAAAUGCCACACGAUGCCGACGGUCACGUUCAGCGCGCAACACCCGAGUUUGAUGUUGGGAAUGCCAAUGUAGCCAUGUCAGCGUCUCUUCUCUUUCCGGGCACGUCCUGGUUUCGGUACUUUAGCUCACACACGAAACAUCUGGCUGUGGAUGCAGCACAGAUACUCCGGACGCUGGGGCAACUGGUGCACCUGGCAGACGUAGGGGCACUUUCCGUUUACUACCUCGGCUUCGCCCAUGGCCAAGAUGCAUCGAUGGUGAAGAAGGUUGCAAAGGCUCUUCUGAAGAAGUACCCCAACGCGGCGGAUGUGUACAAUGCGUAUGCUCUGGCGGAGAUGGCUGCCGGCAACCGCGAAAUUGCCGUCAAGGUGAUUUCCUCUGCAGCCGACUCCUCUUGGCUGUCUGCGGGGGCUCUGGGGUUUCAGCUCUUCAAGUCCUCGAGCUGGAUGGAGCUCCAAACGGGGAGGAAGAACCACGCCGUUUGGCGAUUGUGUUCUGCCUUUGACAACGGUGGCCAGCACGCCGGCCACGAUGUGGACACGGAAAGUGUUUCUCCGACAGUCGUCCUGAAGACGCGGCAAGCACUCUCUUCGAGGAUCCAAGAAUGCUUCUACCAAGGCAAGAUCUGCGACGCCGGCAUCUACAUUGAAGGCCUGGUUCUGCUGGCAUAUUUAACGGUCGGGGGUUGCACGGAGCCAGCAUCAGAAGCACAGGGUAAUAUAUCCGCCGCGGUGGAUGUCCUUGGGAACAUGUCGGCCGAGUUCGAAUCACACGGAUACGGCCACAGCUCAAGUCAUGAACGGGUGCUUCAGUUCGGGGCAAACGUCUUAUACCUGAACGCCCAGCGAGGACCUUUCCGCAGACAGUUCCUGCGCGACACGCUGUCCGCGUUCCUGGAGCCGUUUCCCCAAAACACCAUGUUCCUCGCGUUGGCCGAGUGGGCAGACUCCGGUCUUCGGGUCGUCGACGAAACGAGGCAGCUGCUGCGCGAGAGGAUCCUCGUCGAGGGGCGCGACAGCAUCAGCGGCCGCAUAUUCUCCGUCACGCAUGAGAUGAAGAGGGGCAACGCGAGCUCUACAGGCGCGGCGUUUGAGCACGCCCUCUCGAGCGAGGUGUGCAAGUUCAACGCGGGACUGUGGGCGUCGUACGUGGACUUUUGCACCGCGAACAAGCAGCUGCGAGGCAGGGCCAAGGACGUCUUCUACAAGGCCGUCAGGCACUGUCCGUGGUCCAAGGAGGUGCUGAUGGGGGCGUUUGGCGCCUUGAUUCGCGACAUGGAGUCGGAUGAGCUGAGGUCUGUGUACAACACGAUGACGGGCAAGGGCUUGCGGGUGCAUGUGGACCUGGAGGAUCGGAAGGCUGAUAUUCUUGGCGCUGCCUCGAUGCCCAGCGAUGCCUCGUUAUCGGUUCAUCUUGGUGGUAAUCCUGGUUCAUCCCUCCCACGCAUCAUAGGCUUUACGCAGUUAUCCCGUUCCGAUAGCUUUCUCGCCAGCUCGGGCUUGGUUCUGGAACGCUGUUCAGAGCUGGAUGACUGCGCGGAACGCCAGUGGUAG